CAAUUGUAAAGUAAUGGCAUUUUCCAGCUAAGGGAACCCCCCCAAUUGGAGGAUUUUGUUUCUGAACAUGCCGAGGGACUCGGGGAAUAUUGAGAUCAAGGUGACGUAUCCCAAGAGAGGGGACAAUGUGGUGCAUCCGGAGGGCGCUACGGCGUCACGGGCGUCGACACGCCUGCGGGAUUCGGAGCGCCGCCCGCAGAGGGAAGAGUUGGUUGAGUUCAGGCCGGUUGAGAGGUGGGUACCGUGGCUGGUGCCGGUGUUUGUGGUGGCGAACGUUGUCCUUUUUGCGGCCACCAUGUACGUUAAUAAUUGCCCCAAGAACUCGGGUUCUUGCAUUUUGAAGUUCUUGGGAAGGUUCUCUUUCCAACCCAUGAAAGAGAACCCUCUUCUUGGUCCUUCUUCUCCUGCGUGAGUCUCUGUUUCCCUCUCUCCAUCUUCUACUGCAUUUGGGAAUUUUUGUUUCUUCGUAUAAUGUACAUGGGGAUAGCUUUCGAAUUGGAUAGAGAGAUUUAUUUUUGUGAAAAUUUCUGUUUUUUCUUUUUUGGGUAAAUGUGGGAAUGUCUGUUUGUGUUUGAUUGUAUUAUUUUGCUAUGUAGAGUUGAAAUGCAUUCGUUGGUUGUUUGAUGUUCUGGCUAUGUUGUUUUAUUGGAAAGUUGUGUGAUUAAUCUUCUGAGAAGGCAUGUCUGGUCCUGGAAUGGUUCCAAACAAAAUAUGUAAUUUGCUCAUUUUAAUAAUGUUGUUAUGUUAGUUUGGAGUGGCUUGGGAAUCAACAUUUGAGCUAUGGAUGUGAAUCAUAGUUAUAUACAUGUUUAUGUCUAAGCAGUCCUUUUCUGUUUUCAUUUUUUCAGAUUAGAAAAGAUGGGUGCUCUAGAAGUGUCUAAAGUAGUUGAACAACACCAGGUGUGGCGCCUGCUUUCCUGUAUAUGGUUACAUGCUGGGGUUUUUCAUUUACUUGCCAAUAUGUUGAGUCUUGUAUUCAUUGGAGUUCGGCUCGAACAAGAAUUUGGUUUUGGUAUGCAUCUCGUUUCCUGAUUAAUCUUUUCUAAUUUUAUUGGGUAUACCAGCUUGUUAGUUCUCAUAUGUGUUAAAGUGCACAACAAGGCAAUUUCUUAAAUCUAACACUGCUUCCAAUUCCUGGUCUUAGCUGGUCUUCACAUCACCUUGAUUAAUUUUCUUUGGAGAUCCAGGGCAAGGGUCCCUGUAAUCACCAAGCUUAAACUUCUAUCUUUCUUGCAAGUUUUUAGCAUCAAUCAUCAAAUAUAAUGAAAUUUACUAG